AUGAAUGUAAUUGUCUUUACGAUAUGUGGCUCAGUUGGUUUUAUCUUACUAGCCAUUGCAUCAGCAUGCAUAAUUCGUCGUCAAAAAUAUCCAAAUGUCAAAAAGCUAAAUGGAUUGAUUGAACCGCGCACCACUGUUGCUCUUAAAUAUAACAACGGGAAAAGUCCUGGAGGUUUAAAAAAUUCCCCAUCAUCACUUCCAUCUCCUCUCACCUCGGAUAGCUCAUCUUCCAGUCCAAUGUUGUCAACACGACCGCUUAUUGUCUCACCACAACAACAAUCAUUUAAUCGAAUUUCCCCUUCACAAUUGGGAUCUGAUCGAGGAUUUAUCAACUUUACUCUUAAUUACAGCAUUGAGAAUGAAACUUUACAGGUAAAUAUAAUAUGUUGUCGAGAUCUACCAGAACUCGUGAUUACAUCUGAUGGUCAGUGUUUGCUAGAGCCAUACGUGAAGCUACAAUUGCUACCAGAAAAACAACAUCGCGUGAAGACACGACUUGUUCGAGCAUCUCGUAAUCCACAAUAUGAUGAGGCGUUUUCUAUGUACGGAAUCCAUACAUCCCAACUUGUCACCACAAGUUUGCACUUCGCGGUUAGAUUAUUUUUGAUACAAAUUUAACU